AGGGCCAUCGCAAAGCCCGAGAACAUUCCUGGAGGCUCACUGUGAGGAGGGGUCUGAGAUGUUAUACUUCGAUGUGGUGUCCAUUUUGACCGCCCCGCUUGAGGUAGGCGGUUCAUUGAAAUCGCGAAUAUACAACUCCCGUCUGAAAUCAUCUCCGCCUCAAAUAUAUGCUCUCAUCACCGAAGUAACGAAAUGGAACGCAGUAUUGAAGGAAGUGGUGGACAGUUCGGAUAUUCUUGCACAUGAGCCGAAGCUCACUCCACUUCUCUCACUUCUCCUAACCCAUGAUCUCCUCCUAUCUAAAAGGGGAAUCGCCGCUCCCUCCAACCAUCCCCUCCGUCUCGCAGUUGAACGACACAAGACACGAUUGAACGCAGAGUUCACCAGGAUUCGCAUACGUCGUGGCUGCGCUUCCGUAGAACAGUUACGCUCAGCUAUAGAAACGGCAACAAAUCGAGAUGCAGGGGACAAGGCGCUCCCCAGUCCCCGAUGGGUUCGCAUCAACAAUGCCCGCACCACCCUGGAGCAAGAGUUGAACGCCACCUUUGCCGGCUACACCCCUGUUACAUCCCUUCACGGGCUCUCGACAUCGACGACCAGGGCAUAUUAUGCUGACAAGCAUAUUCCAGACCUGAUUGCCGUCGCAUCCACAUCGCAAUUGCUCUCGACUCCGGCGUAUAAGCAAGGAAAGAUCAUCCUCCAGGACAAGGCUUCCUGUUUCCCAGCGUACUUAUUGCUCGGAGAUCAGGCAGCUUCUUGGAGUGGAGAUCUAAUAGACGGCUGUGCCGCCCCGGGAAACAAAACAACCCAUUUAGCGUCAUUGUUAUCUGCGGCUGGCCGAAAGGGGGCCAAAAUAUAUUCCCUUGAUGCGUCACCUACCAGAUCAAAAAUUCUCCAGAAGAUGGUUGGAAUCGCAGGAGUAGAUGAUCGGGUCACUGUCCUUGCGGGCCAGGAUUUCCUGGCUUUGGAUCCUGAAGACCCUCGAUUCAAGAACGUCACGGGUCUUCUUCUCGACCCAAGCUGUUCAGGCAGUGGUAUUGUAAAGCGUGAGGACGUCCCUCGGCUAGAUUUACCGGAGCCAAAGUCUCAAAACAGCCGGAGGUUUGUGAAUAGUGGCCCCAACAGCCGCAAGAGAAAACGCAAGCCAGGUCCUCCAGAGGCUUCGACCUCGGAAUCGCCAGCGCCGGACACCUUUGAAAACGAGGCUGUGGGCGGAGAAGUUGAUAUUUCCCGUCUCACCAAGCUUUCAAAUCUCCAGGCCCAAAUUAUCGAACAUGCGUUUAAAUUCCCAUGUGCUACGCGGAUCACCUACAGCACCUGCUCUAUACACGCCCAGGAAAAUGAAAACGUAGUCUAUCGUGCCCUACAGUCUUCUGUCGCUAGGGAACGGCAAUGGAAAAUCUUGCCAAGAUCAGAACAGGCUGAAGGGCUGAAAAAUUGGCCUCAUCGAGGAUGGCUGAAACGUGAACAUAAACCUGUCGACGGAGAGGAGACAUGGGAGUUAACAGACAUGGAGAGUGAGGCCUGUUUGAGAUGUUCCGUCAGAGAUGUAGAGGGUACCGGUGGAUUUUUCGUGGCUGGGUUUGUGAGAGACCAAAAUUCAACAUCAAACAGUUCGAAAGGGGAGGAUGGAGAUAGUGAUGGCUCUGAUGAAACCUGGCAUGGCUUUGAUAGUGACUAA